CGCGGGUCUUUGGUGCGGGAUGGCGUCUCCGCUGAGGUUUGACGGGCGGGUGGUCCUGGUGACUGGUGCCGGCGGAGGAUUGGGCAGAGCAUAUGCUCUGGCUUUUGCUGAAAGAGGAGCUUCUGUGGUUGUGAAUGAUCUUGGAGGUGACUUCAAGGGACAGGGGAAAAGCUCCUCAGCUGCGGACAAAGUUGUUGAAGAAAUAAGAGCCAAAGGUGGCAAAGCAGUGGCUAAUUAUGAUUCAGUGGAAGCUGGUGAGAAGCUUGUACAGACAGCACUGGAGGCGUUUGGGAAGAUAGAUAUUCUGAUCAAUAAUGCUGGCAUACUGAGGGACCGUUCAUUCACUAGGAUAAGUGAUGAAGACUGGGAUAUCAUUCACAAAGUUCAUUUGAGAGGAUCCUUCCUGGUAACCCGAGCCGCAUGGAACCAUAUGAAGAACCAGAAUUUUGGAAGGAUAAUUAUGACUUCCUCUGCUGCUGGAAUUUAUGGCAACUUUGGUCAGGCAAACUACAGUGCUGCCAAACUUGGUCUUCUAGGUCUUUCAAACACACUUGCAGUUGAAGGCAGGAAGUACAACAUCCAUUGUAACACAAUUGCUCCUACUGCAGGAUCCAGACUGACUGAGACGGUCAUGCCUCCAGAUAUGCUGGAUGCUUUCAAGCCAGACUAUGUGGCUCCCUUGGUUCUUUGGCUUUGCCAUGAGAGUUGUCAGGAGAAUGGUGGACUUUUUGAGGUUGGAGCUGGAUGGAUUGGAAAAUUACGGUGGGAACGAUCUGAGGGAGCUAUUGUCAGACAGAAGAACCAUCCGAUGACACCAGAAACAGUGCAAAAUAAAUGGGAAAAGAUCUGUGACUUCAAUAAUUCCAGCAAACCUCGAACUAUCCAAGACUCAGUCGCCAUACUGCAUGAUGUACUGAGCCAAAUAGAUUCUCAGGAUGUCUCACUGAAUCCCACCAGCCACACUGGAUCAGCAGCCUCUUCAGGCUUGGACUCUGCAAAGUCUGUAGGUCAGAAGUUGCCAUCUGUUGAAUACAGUUACAGUCAUUUGCAGCCAAUUUUGUAUGCGCUUGGUGUGGGCAUGUCUACAAAAGAUCCAGACCACCUGAAAUUCCUGUUUGAAGGGAGUGAAGAGUUUUGUUGUCUUCCUACGUUUGGUGUUAUACCGGCUCAGGCCUCUAUGCUUGACGGGGGAUUGUCUAGUGUUCCAGGACUCAACAUUGAUUUUACAAAGGUGUUACAUGGCGAGCAAUAUUUAGAAUUGUAUAAACCACUGCCAACAUCAGGAAAGCUAAUUUCAGAACCCACCAUUGCUGACAUUCUUGAUAAAGGCUCAGGAGCAGUUAUACUUUUAGAUGUUUACACAUACUCUGGGAAAGAUCUUUUGUGCUACAAUCAGUUCUCCAUCUUUGUUGUUGGAGCGGGAGGUUUUGGUGGAAAACGAUCAUCAGAGAAAGCCAAGGCCCCAGUAAGCCCACCUAAAAGACCACCAGAUGCUGUACUCACUGAUGUCACAACAGUCGAUCAGGCUGCUUUAUAUCGGCUUAGUGGGGACUGGAAUCCUUUACACAUUGAUCCUGGUUUUGCUGCUCUUGGGGGAUUUCAGAAGCCCAUAUUGCAUGGACUUUGUUCUUUUGGAUUUGCUGCCAGGCAUGUUUUGAAACAUUUUGCAAAUAACGAUGCAGCCAGGUUCAAGGCAAUUAAGAUUCGUUUUGCAAAACCAGUCUUUCCGGGGCAAACUUUGCAAACAGAGAUGUGGAAGGAAGGCAACAGAAUUCAUAUUCAAACUAAGGUCAAAGAGACUGGGGAGGUUGCCAUUGCAGGAGCCUAUGUGGAUCUGACACCGUCCUCUGAUCAACCGUUGGCUAAGGAGCCUGUUCAGGCAGCAGGAUUGCAGAGUGACCUUGUGUUUGAAGAAAUUGGUCGUCGCAUCAAAGAACUCGGAAACCAACUGGUGAAGAAAGUAAAUGCUGUAUUUCAGUGGAACAUCACUAAGGACAACAAGACUGCUGUGCAGUGGACCAUUGACUUGAAGAAUGGCUCUGGAGAGUUAUAUCAAGGACCCGUCCGUGGUAAAGCAGAUACCACUUUCACCUUGUCAGAUGAAGACUUCAUGGACCUGGUACUUGGCAACAUCAAUCCACAAAAGGCAUUCUUCUCUGGAAAACUCAAAGUUAAAGGAAACAUCAUGCUGAGCCAGAAACUGGAGACGAUUCUCAAAGACUACGCAAAGCUGUGAAUUCCCUGCUGGAUUGAAUUAGCCUAGGAAGAAGAAAGGAGCAGUUCCCUCUACAGAAUGACACCCUAAAACCUUAUGCAAAUUCUGCAUUAGAUACCUUCUGAUAGACUUUACCACUAAUGUGCAAGUU